AUGGAAACAGUAAAGGUGUCAAACAAUUCAAAGAAAAAUCCCGAAGUAGAAGCGGCCACAGGCUCCAAGGCCUCCAGACCAAGGCGUGGACGGCCUAGCGGUGCAAAACGCAUCCCUCUGACCCUGGAAGAAAGACGCGCAAGAAACGCGCAGUAUGAGAGGGAGCGGCGAGAAGAUUUCACCGCAGCGCAGGCAGAAUUAGCGGAGGCUGCAGGUUGCGAUCCCAAUACAUCAAUGCCUCACUUAAUGGCAUUUGUCGUAAACAAAUUGACAAAUGCCAAAGAAGCACAAAACUUAGAAGAAUAUAAGAAAACUAAUGAAAAUCUGGAAGUGCAAAUUGCCAAUUGUUUUGAGCAGCUUGGACCUAAUUUUAUUUUGAGCGACGGCGAAGAUGAUGAACCUAAUUCUAGAAAACGCAAGCUCUCUGAAGAGACUUUCGGUGAAGACGAGCGUUUGCGGCCUGCACCAUCACCGCUGCUACCUCUAGACACGAUGUCUGAACACGACAUAGCUCUACUUUUCUUAACACCGCCGUCACCACUACUGCGGCUAGAGGCAGUAUCAGAAGACGACAUCAGUCUGAGUUUCAUGACACCACCAUCAGAGUCUCCACCGGUCCAGCUAGAGUCGAAAGAUGCAGCUGAACUCUUCUCUCAAGAUGACUUGCGGCAGAUCUACGGGGCUUUGAAUUCCGUAGAUCAACUAGGCUGA